AUGAUAAUAGUAAACAAGGUAAACACUGGCCAACAACAAUACAACUUCUAUGUUAGUAGAGGACGUGUCCAUGAGGCAUUACAAUAUAAGAUUUCAUAUGAACCAUACUACAAAGAUGUAGAAUUAGAUGAAUUAGCAUUAACAUCUUUACCCAUAAACCCCACCAAUAUAUCUGACCUGCUAUAUGCAACAACUUCAUAUCCUAAUCCCAUUGAUCUAAGUUCCAUGCAAGAAGAUGUUACAGAGGAUGAUCCAUUGAUAGAGAACUUGCAAAUGAUAAAUUCAUUUGUGGCAAAUCUUCCACCUGCAUGGCGUGAGAUCGAAGAAAUUCGCUCUUUACUACAACUAGAGAAAGGACACCCAACUCAUAUAGUUCAAUGGCCACCCAUUUCCCCAUCUCCUAUAAAUGAAUACACUACUGAAGGAUUGUUUGUAAUGUCAUUCCCUACUUUGUUCCCUAAAGGUAUAGCUGCAUUCAAACAACAACGUCUCAAAGAAGUUAAGCUACAUGAGUAUACUCUCCAUCUUUUAAGAUACCAUGAUAAUAGGUUUGGUCAACACCCAAGGUUUAGGUACUUCAUAUUGAAUAUACUUAUGCAUCAUAGAAGUCAAGCCACCGCAUCUGUAUUUUUCCACAAACAACUUGAUGAUUCAAUGCCUACAACAAUUUCUAACCUUUGUCACAGAUUAAAGGACUUGCCUGAUGACAAACUUGCAGAUCAACUAAUGCGCUUUAGCUUGCCAAAUCGUGGAACAAAACCAUUCUGGAAUCAACGUAGAGGGGAACUUAUAGACAUGGUCAUCCAAAUUGGUUGUCCAACUCUAUUUUUUACACUCAGUGCGCCUGAUACAAAAUGGCCCGACUUGCAUGAUAUCAUGCCAUCCACCACACCUACAAAUCCAUAUGCAACAGCUAGGUGGAGGUUACAAAAUAUAGUUCAAAAUCCACACCUUACUGCAAUGUACAUGCAUCACAGGUUUACUGCAUUUGGUGAAGAAGUUUUGGAAAAACUUCUUGGCGCAAAUGACUACUGGUAUGAAUGGCAACAUAGAGGCUCUGCACAUAUCCAUGGUUUCCUAUGGCUACCACAAGCACCUGACAUUGGGAAAUUACAAUGCAAUAACAUUCAAUCAGUACAAAAUGCACUUGCUUACAUUGAUAAAUAUGUCUCUGCAUGGAACCCAAGAAGUCUUGAAUUGAGAAACCAAGUGUUCCACCGAUCCAUUGUUGACGACCCUUGCUUGAUGGACACAAGCAUGAUAGUGUCAAGUGAUCCUUCCAUUGACUAUUGUGAAUUGGCCAAUCAUGUUCAAAGACAUACAAAGUGUACUAUCCAAACCUGCCUUCGUAGGAAGGGGACAUCUCUUGUGUGUCAUUAUAAAGCCCCUUGGAGCAUUAAAGAAAAGUCAUCACUUUCUAAUGAUGCAAAUGGCCAGCCUCCGCACACCCCUGCUCGCAAUGAUGACUGCCUAGAUCUUCACAACCCAUUUAUACUCUCAAUAUGGAGAGCCAAUGUAGAUUGCCAACCUGUUCUCUCAAUUCAUGUUGUGAUCAAAUAUAUUGUAAAAUAUGCAGCUAAGGCUAAAAACAAAUCGAAAACAUACCAUGCAAUGUUAUCUCGAAUAUCAACCAACUUUGAGUCCGAUAAACCAGCUCCUAAUUCUUUUCGAAAAAUGCUUCUUGACAACCUUGUGGAUCGUGAUAUAGAGAGAAUGUCUCUUAUUGAAGUAACUCAAAAAUGGUCCUUCAAUGCAUCAAGAAAGCAUGAUCAAUGGAAAGAGCGAGCCACACCAGUAAUAGUUCGAGUAUCCCCAAGAUUCACAACCAUUCCUGCAGAGGAAGAAAAAAUUUAUCAAGCAUUUUGUUGGAGUGAACUAUUACUAUACCACCCAUUCCGCAACAUUGCAAUGGAUUUCGGCUCAACAGAUGAUGAAAUUCAAGGACAGUGGCAAAGGUUCUCACACAACUACAACCCAUGGCAUGUACAUUGCACGCCUCCAGAAGCAGAUGAAAAAUCCAAUACUAGCACUCCUUCAAGCGAUGCAGAACAAAUGCCAAAAAGCAUCCUCAAUGAAUGGCAAGUAUUGUCAGCUUCAUACCCAGGACUUCCUAUUCACCUGGAUGAACUUGAUAUCCUUGGCCAACGUGAUAUUGACUUGAACCAUGACUGGGGGGAACAUCACUCCAGUCCACAAGAAAAACAAAUAGCUACAAAUUUCAUACACUCCAAUCACCUAACAUUUCAACCCCAGCAUGUUAUCCAGCAGUAG